ACCAAUCUUUGUUCUUCUCCGCGGUAAGCUCACCGCUCAUGGGAACUCCAUCGAUUCGUAGAUAUCACGGCGGCUCCUGCUCGCCGGAGGCUCGGCGGAGGACCCAUCCGGGGCGGAGGGUCGCCUUCUCCGAUAAGGAUAACUCCAUGGUCGUCAAGCUCCCCUCGAACAACCUCGUGAUGGAGGAGGUCACCAUCUUGAAGCGCGGUGAGGACCUGAAAACCCUCCGACCAUCAUCCACCGGCGUAGAUUCCACCCCCUGCUCAACGCGCCGGAUCGGACCUGAGCCGGAUGCGUUUUCUAAGCAGAUCCGAUCCGCCUCCGCAGUCCCCAGCAACGGCGCCGCUGCUGAUAGUUUCUGGGGGUCACCCUUCCUUGCUGCCCCUGCCCCAAGCGCGCUGCCUUUCCCGGCCAUGUUAUUGAAGGGCGAUGCUUUGAUCCGGCGUCCGAAGGAUGCCAUGCUCCAAAUCUCGUGAGCGGCGAUCGAAUUUUGAUUACUCGCCAUCAAUUCAAGGUUUUGUGAAGAGAGAAAGAGAAAGAAAGAUCGAUUGAUCUUGGCGUUGAUCUCUGAUCGGGCACUGUUGGUGGAUCAUGAUCGUGAUUGUGAGUUCCUUCGCCUCUCCAUCUCCGAUCUGGUACUAUUUCUUCAUGCAAUCAUCCUCUAUAUAUAUUUUUUUCAAAAGGGGGAGCUUGUGAUUGAAUGAUGAAUCGUAGUGCUUGUGAUUGUCUUCCUGGUGGUCUGUGAUAUGCUUUCAAAUAGUCAGUGAUUUUGAUUUUGGGGUGCUGAAAGAUUGAAUUUUUAGGGCUUUUUUUUUCUAGGGUUUGAUGUGGUCUUAGUAUCAAAUUUGUCGAUUUUUGUUUUCAAUAAGUUGAUCUUUGAACCUAAGAGGUCUAAAUUUCCUAUUUUUAUUCCAUGGAUUUGUUGAAGUUUAAUUUCUGAACAAUAUCUAUUAAUAAUAUGUGUUUGUGUGUGUUUUUAUAU